CUUGCUUGCUAGCUAGGCUAGCUAGGUAAAUAAAAAAAACUCGAACACGCGACUUACGUCGCGGAAGACGUUACAGUGACAGUGUCAGUAACAACAACAACAACAGUACACAGUGUAGGCAUGGAAACCCAAUUAGUGCAACUAUUUGUGCUGGUGCAAGUGAUCUGCUUGCUGGGGCCAGUUCAUGGCCAACUGGAUGGCAGCUUCUGGUGGAUGAACGCCAACCUGAUCAAGAAAGCGGAAGAGUACCGUGAGGAAAAGGAUGUGAAAGCGAUCGUGGUGAAUAAUGAAACCGAAUUUGACUCGAUCCGCCUGCAAGACAAUACCUUCACUGAUGAGACCGAUGACUCGCCGGACUGCAUUUGUGUGCCGAGCAAACGGUGCAAAAGCACCGCCAGCGGUAAACAAGGAAGAGAUGCAUUGUGUGGCUCUGGAAACACUUGCUGUCGCCGCAACGCCAUCAUUCAACAAUCACAUUUGUUCGAGCAUGUACUACCACCCUCUCCAACUCAACCAACCAUUCGAACCACUGCUAGACCACUUCCAGCCACACCACUUAGACCACCAGCUGAUCUGCAACCAGCUUUUUCAUCCGAACCACUAGCCGAUCCAUCGCUGCUGUUGGAGAUCACCGCUCUUCUGGACAAAUUUAACAACCCCAACGGAAACGAUCAGCUUGAACUGGAAGCAGAGUUUAUUUUCGAUAUAACACCAUCCAAGAUUCCGACGACUCCAACAACAACAACGACCACUACCAGAACCACAACCACAACCACUACAGUUAAACCACCUCCUCCCAAAACAGGGAAGAAAUGCGGCCAACGUCGAGCUGCUCUAUCCAGCCGAAUCCACUUUCUGGACGAUUCGGAAAGCAUAGAGCAACGCCUCAGUGGGCCCGUCGGCUUUGCCGAGUUUCCCUGGACGGUUUACGUCGAGGAACGUCUCGCCAAUGGCAGUUUCUUGUACAAAUGUGGAGGAGCACUGAUCUCACCCGGUGCCGUCGUGACCGCAGGUCACUGCGUCGCUAACGGCCGCAACACACCGCAACAGUUCCGCAUCGUUGCCGGCGACUGGGAUCGUCGCCAUCGGCGGGAGAAACUCACCGAUCAACAACGAACCGUUCAGCGAAUCGUCCUUCAUCCCGACUACUAUUCCGGAUCGCUUUUUAACGACAUAGCCAUUCUGUUGGUUGCCGAUCGAUUCAAUGAUUCACUCGCAAACGUUGCCAGUGUUUGUCUGCCUUCCCCGGACGAAGAGGACUCCUUCGACGGCGGAAGGAGUUGCAUCCUAACAGGAUGGGGUGCAAGUCCGGCUUCGCCGGAUCGAGAAGAAUCAAUCCAGCAGUUUGUAUCACUGUCGCCGCUGGCGACAGAACAAUGCACGACAAGGUUAAAAACGUCUGUGCUCGGUAGACGGUUUCAAAUGCAUGAGAGUUUUCUGUGUGCCGGUGGUGUUCGGGGAGUGGAUUCCUGCAAGGGAUCCGGUGGAAGUCCACUGGUUUGCGAACGGAAUGGAGCGUACUCGCUGGUGGGGUUGAUGUCCUGGGGUGUUAGCUGUGGGCAGGGUGUUCCCAGCGUGUUUGCUGGGGUGACCCGGCAGGUGGGGUGGAUUCGGGAGGUCGUUGGUUGGUAAGAUAAUGUAUGUUUAUUUGGGAUAGUUAAGUUAUUAAAAUGAACACAAUUUGGGCUAGGGAACUGAAUAUUAUAUAUCACAAUUUUAUCGCCCAUUUUGCAGUAUCUUGCAUAAUUGUUUAAGCUUAUCCUACCCCAAAAAAAUUGAAGACGAAAAUGCGUCUAUUGUUUGUAAAUAUUUUUCACUUCAAAAUUAAAUUAUGAUUU